CCCUCCGGACUACUGGAUGUCAGGACCUUGGUAAGAAUCAGCCUGGAAUCAUCAUCAUCAUCAUCAUCCUCGUCACUGGAAACAGAAGAAGAGCGCACACUAGUUUCCAUGGAGUCCAAUAUUUCAGGGUCUUUCCUAUUCAACAACAGCUUGAACCAGUUCCCCUCAGACAUCAAGGCCCCGGUGUGCCAGUACUCCAUUCCCAACUCUUUCUACAAGCUCAACCCCACCAAUAUCAACGCUCAGCUCCAGGCUGGCACUCCGCAUGGCAUCAGUGACAUCCUGAGUCGAUCCUUGAUGGGCGGCCCGGGAGCCCCUGCGCUGUUGUCCGGGUACCCCGCCAUGGGUGGCUUUGGGACAGCUGUGCCCAGUCCAGGGGUGUAUUAUAAUCGGGAUUACGCCCCAUCGGGACUGAGCGCUUUCCCUAAAGCGGGUGUUGAGUGUUCGGGUAUGAAGGGCAAAGGCAGCAGCUGCUGGGUGGACGGAGGGUACGAGUGGAGAGGAGCGAGACAGCAGUGUGCCAACAAUGGUGGGCAUCACACUGAGACGGCGGGGAAAAAGAAACACACAAGACCCACUUUCAGUGGGCAUCAGAUCUUCGCUCUGGAGAAAACCUUCGAACAGACCAAGUACCUGGCCGGACCAGAGAGAGCCAGACUGGCAUACUCACUAGGAAUGACUGAGUCACAAGUUAAAGUGUGGUUCCAGAACCGGCGCACUAAAUGGCGGAAGAAGAGCGCGACGGAGCCCAGCUCCACACAGCCCUCGCGGGUGGAGAGUGCAGGAGACGGCUCAGAGAACGAAGUGGAGGACGAGGAGUACAACAAACCACUGGAUCCCGACACGGACGACGAGAAGAUCCGACAGUUGCUGCGAAAACACCGCAGAGCUUUCUCAGUCCUGCGCCUGGGACCGCAUCAUCUCUGAAGGCGAAGGCACGUUCAACAGGCCGCUGUCUCAUUACACAAACUUACGAACAAACACGCAUUUUCAUACACUCCCCAAAACAAGGAUUCUCAAAUUAUACGAAUACACAGUAAUAUAUAACCGUUCUCGACAACACUUUCUACGAAAAUUAUGACCACCAUUUGUUUUGCCAAGGGACAAAAAGGGGUGCUAUUAAACAGCCUUUGGCAUUUCAACGGCACAAAUUUAAAUAGUAAAACAAUGAUGAUAGGUCUAUAAAACUAUGGCAAAAUAACAUGUAAAAAAAAGACUAAAUGUGCAGUGUGUUGCCGAAUUAAUUCAUUGUGUAAAUGUAUUGUAUUGGGGGGGAAAACACAUUUGUGGACUUUUGAAUAAAAAGAUUAGGCUAUAGUUAUUGGGAUAUGGAUCUUUCUUGUGACAGCUAGGCCUGUUAAUACUUUGUAUAACAAAUUAUUUUAAUCAUUUUAAUUUUGAACUAUUCAUGGCUAUUCAUUUGAUUUAACACAAGCCAUUGUUAUUGAUUACUUUGUUAUAAUACAAUGUAUUAGGCCUAUCUAAAUAUAUAGCCAUGAAUAAACCGUUAGAAUUUAUUAUAGGCUACUGUGACUGACAAUUAUUUACGAGAACAUACAAUUGACAAAAUUUAUAAGGCCUUAGGAAUCCAUUUUAAGGCAUUAAGAAUACAUUUAUGUUGCAUUAUAAAAGCUUCAAAGAAAGUGUUACACUGUAAA